AUGGACGGCAUAGCAUCGCAGAUGGCGCACGAUCUACGCUCCAAGUACAGCCAAGUGAUGAUUAAAUGGUACGAGGCUGUAGAUUGGACAGAGCCUUUCAUUGUGGGAUUGCUUUUAUUUCACGUCGUACUUCUCGCCACGCUCUGGCUGACACGCAAGCGUCUGUACCCGCAGUUUGCACUCUUUGUGCUUGUCAUCACGUUAUUAGUAAGCACUGAGGCGCUAAAUACGUGGGGAAGAAAAAACUGGCGUCUCUUUGCCACCCAGCAGUAUUUUGACGCGAAUGGCGUCUUCAUGGGCAUCUUCUACGCUGGACCAUUGCUUGCUGCAGGCUUUUUCCAAUUGAUACUGAACAUGAAGCAUAUGGUGGACAUGGUGGUAGUUGUUAAGAGAACAGAAUAUCUACAGCAGCUCCAAUCCAAGAAGGACAAGUAG